ACGAAUUGCUCACUUUCCUCUUGAAUCGAACAGUACAGCAAGUUCGAAGGGCCCAAAGCUCUUCGUAAGCGACGCUUCAAUAUCUUUUCAUCAUUCACGUGAGUACCUCAGCAUGUGAACUUUUCAAAAUUAAGCCUCAAAUCCACACAGACCACCCCACUCCUCUCGUACAUCCUAUCUCACUUCCUUUUUUCUCACAUACUAUACAAUGAUCUUUUCAUGGAGCUCUGUCAUCUUUUCUCUGACCAUUUCACAUCUCGUCAUCGCCAACCUAUUCAAUACUCAACGCAAAUCAACCGUUUUCGUCGACAAAUCUGAGCUGCUGGCAGCCUUUUUUGACACCUCCACUUCGCCGUAUAAUCUAGUCACUUGCCCUUUUAAAUUCGGAAAAACCACCAAUCUCGACAUGAUAGCUUUAUUCUCAGACGUCGAAGUGGAUAAAACUCGUAAACCAAAACGUCAAAACGAUACUUACGCUUAUAGCAUCUUCAGCACGAUGAAAAUAUCUCGUCAUCGUUCCAUAAUGCGAGAUCAUCUGGCUCGACACCCGGUCAUCCACUUAUCGUUUCCCGAGAAUUUGCAAGUAUCGCCAAAAACCGCUAUAGGAGCCGAGUUGAAGAAAUCGAUGCAAAAAUACCGUUGGUUGAUCAAUUUACCAGCUUCGAAGUUAGGUUCGGUUGAUCCGGAAGAUAUAGAUUACCUGAAACAGUUACAAAGCGAAGAUGCGUCAAAGUUGAGGAUAACGGAGGCCAUCUUGAGGAUUUCCAGAGUACUGUAUACUUACUUUAAUCAAUCCAGUGUGGUCUUGUUGAUCGAUAACUACGAUAAUACGUCUUGUAGAUCGUUCGUCAACGAAGCAGAUCCCAGAUACACGUUGGAGUAUUAUAAAUAUCUGAAUAAAAUGAUCUCCAGAGCUUUGGUCAAUGGUACCGAAUACGUUGGUCGAGCUUUGAUCACAGGGCUGACCAGUUUACCGUUCAGUUUACCUUACUGCGAUUUGAGUAUGAUUCAGCAUCGGGUUUUCUUGGAAAACCAUCCGUUUGCUGGACACUACGGUUACCUGGAACAAGAAGCAGACGAAUUAAUGGUCAAGUUCACCAUGUCGGAGGAAAUGCGCUCGAAUCUGCUGAACUUUUAUCGAGGAUAUCGCGUACAAGGGACUAAUUUACACGUCUACAAUCCGAAUACCAUUUACCAGUAUCAUUUGCAUAGGCAAAGGCUGAAACAAGACUACAGAGAAUCGCUCAAACCUCAUACAGAUCCUAUCAAAGAAUUCGACGUGCUAAUUCAUUUCUAUCACGUGAUCAAGUUUCGCGAACAAAUCCUCUUAUUGAGUAUCAACGGUCGUAUAAAUUUACCUUACGAUAUAACUCGUUACCAAACCGGCGCUUUAGAGGAAGUGGGGGGAUUAAAGUUACGUAAAUAUUACGACAGCUCCGACCAAUACACUCGUACCUUGCUGACGUUAUUUUACGAGAUGGGAUAUUUCAAGAGGGCAGACGAUAACGAUACUUCUUCGUACGGAUACGUUUGGGCCAACAACGAACCUAGAAUAUGUAUUCUUCACCAGCUGAUUCAACGAUUCGAACACUUUUCCCAAUUUUCAAUCAUUGCCAACGUUAUUCUCGAUAUCAUAUCGAGUAAACCGGAGACCUCCAAUCUCACCUGCCAAUCGGAAUACCUUCGAUCCAAUGCCUCCAGGUUACAUAACGGUAUUAGAAGAGUAACUGACUCGCAAACAGCUCAGAUUCAGUUUCAAGCCAUGAUUUACCAUUCGCUGGGUCGAAGGGUUAAUACACAACAUAGUCGACAUGUGCGUAUAAUCGACAAAGUACCAUUGGAAAAUCGUACUUCCCUCACUCCAUACGAUAUGUAUUUAAUAUCACCUCGUAGCAAGAAAAUUAACGGAGUAAUUGUGGCCAGAUUUGAGAGCACGGUCGAGGAAGCUUUGAAAGAUGCCCUGAAAAUAAAGUUCCCAGCGAAUCAGACUGCUAAUAGUGUGAAAUAUAUUGCGAUGAAUGUUAUUGAGGCGAAUCAACCAGAGCAAGUUGACGCAUUAAUCCAUAUCGAAUGGAAUUCUCCUCAGAGAUAGCGAAGCAUACAAAGGGAUCCCAUAGUGGGUUCUGGGAGCUGUGAUUAUCGAAACGAUCAACAAUACUGAUAUCAUACGAGUCAUUUUGAAUGUACUUAAAUCCAAGUAAGGUUUAGUUUUGGUCUCGAUUUUAUUUAUUUUGACCCAAUUUUUUCUCCUAGAAAAAAUCUUCUCUCACUCAGAAUCAAAACUGGAAACGUUCUCAACCUUCAGACUGAAAUUUUUGAAAAGGUAUUACAUACACAAAUAUGUACUCCAAACUAAAUUAGUCGCUCGAGUUUACUUUUUAUUUUUUUUUCAAUUAAUGAUCUUCAAAAAAAAAAAGAAACAGAAAAGAAAAAAACACAUUUUUUUACACGUUUCAACCUUUGUAUCGAAAUUCGAUUUUUUCAAGCCAUUCUGAGUCUCCAAAAAUAAAUUCAAUUUUUUCCAGGUUUUUGAAUUUUGUUUGUUUAAAAACAGUUUGGGCACCAAAUAGGUACCUAGGGUAGGUACUUGAGAUUGAAUAUUCUGCCCAAGUUGAAUUUAAAUUAUUUUAGAGCAUCAGGCAUGAUUCAAGAAACUAGUAAAUAAAUGGGACUAUUUCUUGGUAUGUAUUUCAAUUUCAGUCCUAGUAUUCUGAACUUCUUUUCAAUAUUGAUAAAACAUUUUUAAAAUCAAGAAGGGUGCAUUUAAAAAACAUCAAAAAGUGAAAAAAUCGAGUUGGAAAGCCGAAAUUAGAACUGGAGCAGACAGUUCGGAACUGUUCUAAAGCCUUCUGUGGAUUUUUGGAUUUUCCUGCAGCUUUGAAAAAAUUGACAUUGGCUACAAACCGCCAAAAUACGGGAAUAUUACACCUCCCAAAAUUAUAAACUAAAACACAUCACCUUUGUGACUCUAUAAGGUCAAUUUUUGCAUUAAUUUUCAAAAUCUAUUUCUGUCGAUUUGAAUCCCAAUUUUCCUGUAUACCUCACUUACUUUUGAAAUUCAUUUUUCGAUUUUUUUGACGAAUUUUUAAAAAAUGAAAUUUAAACCAUUUUUCAUGGAAAAAAAAUCAAAAUUUGAUAAAAUUGACACAAAGUGCUGAAAUUUGGUCUGUACCCCAUUUUUUGCUUUCAAAAUCGAUUGCCGGUGAUCGCGAAACGUUCUGGAGACUCCUGAGGAUUUUUUUAUUUUCCAGUUUAAAGAAAAUUAUCACAAAAGAAGCCAAAAUUGAAAUAAUUCAGGUCCUAUGAACCGAAUUCACUGUCUUUGUGGCUCUUUCCACCGACCGAUUUAGGCACAAUAUUCAGACAUCGCUGAAAAUAAGGUAGAAAUUUAAUUUUGACAUCAAUUUGAUUUUCUGAAUUUUUCAUCCAAAAUGAGUGAAAUUUUCAUUUUUAAAAAUUCACCAAACUGGGAACUCGUUUCUUUAUCCAGCCUAAAAAGACCUUAAUUAGUCGAUACUCAAUUUGAUCAUAGAUUUUUAAAAAAUUUGAAAAAGAACUCACCAGGUAAUUUCUGAAAUUUUUAUUCAAAUUGAAGCACGAAGGCUUUUAGAUAAUAUCAAUCUGACUUUGAAGAAAUUAGUGGAAAAAAUAAAUAAAUUCCUGCAAUUAUAGCCUGAUUUUUGAAAACGAAAAAAUUAAUCAGUUGACUUUCUGACAUUAUGCCAGGUUUUCAAAAAUUUGAAAGUAAAUCGAUCGACUUUUAGAUAUGCAAUAUCAUGACAGACAUUUGAAAACAAUAAAAAAAGUUGUUGAUUUGCUGACAUUUAUAUCAGACUUCGGAAGGGGCCCGAUCAAUGAAAUUAUAACCAUAUCAAACUUUCAAAAAUGACUUUCUUAUAUAUUAUGUAAGUCAGAUUAUUUUUUCCAAUUUGGAAUUCUAAACAUUGAGUCUUAACUGGAGCAAAAACAUAUUAUCCAUGAUUUAAAACUUUCUUUGGAGACUUUACACCCAUUUUUUCGACCGGAAGUCUGUCCAAAAUUUUCAAGAGCCUUUUGAAAACUUUGGAAAAAAGUGCAAUUUUUGGUAUUUUGAUAUUGUAUUAGAAUUGAUUAACUUCGAAAAUUUGUGUAGAUAUCAAUUUGUGAACUUUUUGAAAAUUUGGAAAAAAAUUAUUGUUGAAUUAUUUUGUCCAAUAUUUAAAAACAUGAAAAAAAUUCCAAUAAACUCUAAUAGAUUAGAAAAAAUGAUCGAUUUUCGAUAUUUCGAUAUACUUAUGCAAGUCGACUCUUAUAAUAUUACACUUAGGUACGUACGUACAUACAAACUUGAAAAAAAAAUUCUGAAAUUUCUAUUUACUUCGAAGUGGAUUUCUAGAUAUCAAGUCUGACUUUCAAGAACCCGAAUAAAAUAAAAAAAAAUUCGAAAAAUAAUGCCAAAGUUUCAAAAUUGACUUUCUAAUGUAAUAAGUAGGGACGCAUCUUGUUGGACUUUUCGGUUUUAUUGGAAUUCUAAGCAUUCAAGUCAACUUGAGCAAAAAACAUUAUCCAUAAUUUUAAACUUUCUUUGGAGAGGAGACUUUACCUUCAUUUCAUAUUGAUUUUUUUUGCAAUCAAUGGAUCGAUUGAUCCGAAACUUGGUAUAGAAGCGGAAAAUUUACUCAAAAGUCAAAAUCGUUCCACCCUAACAAAGAUGCCUGAGAGUGACAACUUUCAAUUUUUCAAUUUUUUUUUUCUAUCAUCUCAACAAAAACCUUGAAUCAUUAUGAUGACGCGAUGAAGGCUCAAAACUCGGGGAAAAAUUUCAAAAACAGUAAUACCUACUUAUAAGUAAAACAAAAUCAGCUGGGUAAUCAUUUUCAAACAAAAUCGAUUCGAGCUCCCUCCCCAUCAUCUCUAUGGUACAAUAAUCGAAACAAAUUCAGCCUACAGGACUGUAAAAAUGAGCUCUCUUUUGCAUUCAGAAUCUCGAAAAUGUUUGGAAGAAGGGAGCUUUUAACAUAGGUAGUUGUAUUUAAAAUACAUGGAAUGAUCCAAAACAUUAUUAUUGACGAUUUAUAUAACUUUCAAAAAUGGUUUUGAUUUUGACGAAAAUUUAAAGAGGUCAUCGGGAUGCUCUCUAUGUUAAAAGUUAUCAGAACUCAAAAUUAUGACUGUAGGUAUCUUUGAAUUCAAAUUUCGAAUUUGAUCAUUCCAAGUGGAAAAUGAACCUUCAGCUUUUGAUUACUUUUCAAAGCUGCGAAAGAGAGUUUAAGGUCAAAAAAUACAUAUUAACGAAAUCGAAAAAAAAAACAGGUAAUUAAAAAUUAUUGUAUGUAUUAGGUACCUACGAUUUAGUCAAACUGACGUGAUAUGGUAAGUAUACUAAGUAGGUAUGUAAGUAUGAUCCAUGCGUAAAAGUUACCCAUUAUUUCAAAAAUCAAGGAGCUGUGUGAUAUAGAAUUAAAUUUGAGAACCUCGUAAGUCUUAAGUAAGGUACAAUAUUUAUGUAUUAAUUUACUUCCUAAUCAAGUUGUAUAAAAUGUAAAUAAUCAUGUACAGAUUACAGAUUACUUACCUCUUGUUUUUCAUAA